CGCAAACAGCGAAGAGAGCGAACAACGUUCACCCGGAAACAGUUGGAUGAACUUGAAAAGAUGUUCAAGGUCACGAGGUACCCGGACAUUUUUGCGAGAGAAGAGUUGGCCCAAAAAAUUAAUUUACCAGAGUCUAGAAUUCAGGUUUGGUUCAAGAACAGAAGAGCGAAGGCGCGC